AUGGCCCCUCCAACCGAAAUAGAAGAUCCGGCAGUCACCAAUUUUAGAAGAUAUUUACGCAUCAAGACAGUACAACCUAACCCUGAUUAUGAUGGAGCGAUGGAGUUUCUUCAAGAAAUGGCCGAAGAUCUUGGUUUGCCUUUCAAAAUCAUUGAAGUUGCUCCAAAACGUCCCGUGUUUAUAAUGACAUUGGAAGGAGAAGAUCCAUCACUCCCUUCAGUGAUGCUCAACUCCCAUACAGAUGUUGUACCUGUUGAUAUUGACAAAUGGUGUGUUGACCCCUUCAGUGCAGAGAAAAAAGAAAAUGGAGAUAUUUAUGCCCGUGGCUCACAGGACAUGAAAUGUGUUGGAAUCCAGUACAUUGAAGCAAUCCGCAGGUUAAUGAAGAAAGAAAAAAUGUUGCGAACCAUUCAUCUCACUUUUAUGCCAGAUGAAGAAAUUGGUGGAGUCCUGGGCAUGAAACUGUUCGUGGAAACAGAAGAAUUCAAGAAAAUGAACCUUGGUUUUGCCCUUGAUGAAGGUCUGGCAAACCCCACAGAACAUUUCACUGUCUUCUAUGGAGAAAGAUCACCCUGGUGGUUGAAAAUUCAUUGUUCAGGAAAUCCUGGCCACGGAUCAAGAUUCAUAGAAAAUACAGCUGCUGAAAAAUAUAGAAAAAUUAUUAAUAUAUUUCUGGCCUACAGGGACGAGCAAGAGAAAAGGUUAAAGGCCAACAAAGGUCUGACCUUAGGAGAUGUUACUUCAGUUAAUCUGACAAUGGUGGAAGUAAGUCAAGAAAAUCCUUUUUAUUAUUUUUUUGGUUUCUUUGAUAAGUAUCUACUUUGUAGAUGGUAUCUUUAG